AUGGCCCAGGGCAGCGGGCCAGACGUGAAGACUGCCAGGACAGGGCGCCUGCCCUUCUGCAGACUCGGGCAGGAGCUUGGGCCCGGCGCCUUUACCUGCCCCACCCGCGGACUCCGUUCAGUCUGGCGCGGCUUGUUCCUCUUAAAAUCUUUUAAUCGCCCAUUUUACACUGAUUACAUUUAUUUGGAAAGGAACGUGGUGCCCCACCUACGCCUGUGGAGACGCUGGGCCAUAGGGCUCGGGACCAGCCCCCAGUCACUCGCGAGUGACCUGCCCGGGGGUCUGUUUCGCUCGGAGAAGGAGACGGAGGCCCCCGCCCCCAGCCGCGGCUGCAGGGAAUCAGCUGAGCAGGGCAUGAGCUACAACUUCACCCACCUGGAUAGGUACCUGGACCUUCUCAGAGAGAACCAGCUUUUUCCAGGAUUUGAGUUGAUGGGAAGCCCCUCGGGACGCUUCACUGACUUUGAGGACAAGCGGCAAGUGUUUGAAUGGAAGAACUUGGUCUCUCUGCUGGCCCGGAGAUAUAUCGGCAGGUACGGACUCAAGCAUGUGUCCAAGUGGAACUUCGAGACAUGGAAUGAGCCGGACCACCAUGACUUUGACAACGUCUCCAUGACCACGAAAGGAUUCCUCAACUACUAUGAUGCCUGCUCUGAGGGUCUGCGCACCACCAGCCCUGCUCUUCGGUUGGGUGGCCCUGGUGACUCCUUCCAUCCCCCACCACGGUCCCCACUGUGUUGGAGCCUGCUGGGGCACUGUCACAACGGGACCAACUUCUUCACAGGGGAGGUGGGCGUACGGCUGGACUACAUCUCCCUCCACAAAAAGGGCUCAGGCAGCUCCAUCUACAUCCUGGAGCAGGAGAAGGCCACUUUGAGCCAGAUCCAGCAGCUCUUCCCCAAGUUCACAGACACCCCUGUUUACAACGACGAGGCAGACCCACUGGUGGGCUGGUCACUGCCGCAGCCGUGGAGAGCCGAUGUGACCUAUGCAGCCAUGGUGGUGAAGGUCAUCGCCCAGCACCAGAACCUGCUGGUGGCCAACGUCAGUGUCCCCAUCCGCUAUGCACUCCUAAGCAACGACAACGCCUUCCUGAGCUACCACCCGCACCCUUUUGCGCAGCGCACGCUGACAGCACGUUUCCAGGUCAACAACACCCGCCCCCCGCACGUGCAGCUGCUGCGCAAGCCUGUGCUCACCGCCAUGGGGCUGCUGGCCCUGCUGGAUGGAAAGCAACUCUGGGCCCAGGUGUCACAGGAUGAGGUGAUCCUGGACAGCAACCACACGGUGGGCGUCCUGGCCAGUGUUCACCGCCCCACGAGCCCCGCAGAUGCCUGGCGCGCCACCGUGCUGGUCUACGCAAGCGACGACACACGUGCGCACGCCAACCGCAGCGUGUCUGUGACACUGCGGUUGCGCGGGGUGCCCCCAGGCCCAGGGCUCGUCUACGUCACACGCUACCUGGACAACCAGCUCUGCAGCCCUGACGCCGAGUGGCAGCGCAUGGGCCGGCCUGUCUUCCCUUCCGCCGAGCAGUUCCGGCGCAUGCGUGCCGCAGAGGACCCGGUGGCCGCGAAGCCGCGGCCCCUUCCCGCUGGCCGCCGCCUGACGCUGCACCCUGAGCUGUCGCUGCCGUCACUGCUGUUGCUGCACGUGUGCGCGCGCCCCGAGGGGCUGCCCGGCCAGGUCACCCGGCUCCGAGCUCUGCCGCUGACUCGAGGGCAGGUGGUUCUGGUCUGGUCGGAUGAGCACGUGGGCUCCAAGUGCCUGUGGACAUAUGAGAUCCAGUUCUCCCAGGAUGGUAAGGUGUACACUCCGGUCAGCCAGAAGCCAUCGACCUUCAACCUCUUUGUGUUUAGCCCAGAAACGGCUGUUGUCUCUGGCUUCUACCGGGUUUGCGCGCUGGACUACUGGGCCCGGCCAGGCCUCUUCUCAGACCCCGUGCUAUACCAAGAGAUUCCUGCACCGGGAGGGCCGUGACACCCGGUGAUCCAUGAGCUUGUGCUGGCUGUUGAACUGGGGCAGCUGGGAGCCAGGAUGGGCUGGGCCUCCUAGGGGCAGCUAGUCAUGGGCUGCAGCAUGCCCAUGCUGCCUCCCCUUGCCUUUAAAGUGUCUUUCACGUG